AUGUCCAAGACUCCCGACACAAGCGUCGAAAGCGACGACAGCACCAACUACGAACUUCGUGCCGCUCGUGUGGUGGCCCAGAACCCUGUACAGACGCGCCGGAGCUAUUUCUGGGAUACACUGAACAAGUCGCCCGAGGAGCGAAGGUUUCUGUUCAAGCUUGACGCCGGGAUUUUGACCAUCACCUGCUUGGGAUUUUUCAUCAAGUACCUCGAUCAAGCCAAUCUGGUCAAUGCAUUCGUGUCUGGCAUGAAAGAAGACUUGAACAUGUUUGGCAACCAACUAAACUACGUGACGACGAUAUUUACCGUGGGCUCUAUCGUGGGGAACAUCCCGAGUAACCUUCUCAUAACAAGGAUCCGGCCAUCAAUCUAUCUUUCGACGUUGAUGGUGUUCUGGUCGGUGUUGACGAUGUGUUUGUCUCGCAUCACUAACUAUCAACAACUGUAUGCCCUGCGCUUCUUCAUUGGCCUGACAGAGAGCGGAUUCUACCCCGGCAUCGAGUAUAUGCUCGGCUCGUGGUACCGAAGAGAUGAACUAGCGAAACGAGCAGGCAUUUUCAACAUUACUGGAUCAAUCGCCACGAUGUUUUCCGGCUACUUGAUGAGCGCAGUGAUCGGUCUCGACGGGAGAGGUGGUCUUCGCGGCUGGCAAUGGUUAUACAUCAUGGACGGAGUCAUUUCAUUGCCCAUCGCCGCGGCGUCUUUCUUUGUUCUCCCUGACUACCCUGAAACGUCUCGGGUCUGGUAUUUAAAUGAAGGCGACAAGGCAAUCGCCAAAAGACGCAUGGAACUCGAAGGCCGACGGAAGAGACAGCCAUUCACAAAAAAGAAAGUUUUGAAAAUCUUGAGUUCAUGGCACCUGUGGCUCCUGCCCCUUCCAAUUUUUUUUUGUGUCGGCGCCGGCGGUGCAGGCCAGCCCGUGUUUGCACUUUACUUGAAAGCAUCCAAGCACCCCAAGUACACUCUCCGCCAGAUUAACAAUUACCCUACCACGGUGCCGGCCAUGCAGGCUGCAUCCACUCUCGCCUACACCUGGAUAUCGGACUCGGUACUGCGUGGUCGAAGGUGGCCUAUAAUUCUUUGGGCAACGAGCAUAAAUCUCGUGGUCUUUACUUCUCUCGCGGCUUGGACUAUUCCAGUUGGAUGGCACUGGGCCUGCUACAUUUUGAUGGGUCAAGGUGUAGCAAUCAGUCCUAUGAUGAUGUCGUGA